AUGAGCGCCUUACGGCCUGAAUCAGGCAUUUCUCGUGCCGCUCGCUAUGCCGUCCCCUUUGUGCUAUUGCUAAUUCCACUAUGGAUGGCCAAGGUCAAUUCCGUCGUUCCGGACCCAUACCUCGACGAAGUGUUCCAUGUUCCUCAGGCUCAGGCAUACUGGGACCAUAAGUGGUUUCAUUGGGAUCCCAAAAUUACAACUCCGCCAGGCCUGUAUAUCUGGUCUUAUGUCCUAUGCGCUGGUGUGCUGGCUCUCCGUGGAUCUCCGACGGAGCUCAACGCGGAAGCUUUGCGCGCAACGAAUGUUGCAGCUGCAGCAAUCUUUCUGCCCUGGCGGCUACAGACGCUCCUCGAUACAUUGCGCAAGGUGCGCAAUACUCGUCCCUCGGGUGCAUGGCUGAGCCACACGGUGCUUAACAUCUGUUUGUUUCCACCACUGUUCUUCUUUUCCGGGUUGUACUACACCGAUGUCGUCUCCCUCCUGGUUGUUAUUGAAGCCUACAAGUGGGACCUCAAACGCUCUGCGAAAUCUGGAUCUUCGCCUCUCCAGACUUUGGUCUUUGUCGUGAUGGGACUGGCCGCUCUUGCUCUCCGCCAGACAAAUAUCUUUUGGGUAUCUGUCUUCCUUGGAGGAUUGCAGGUAGUCCGAAGAUUGCGUCAGACUGCCAAAGUCUGUGACCCUUCAAAGUCUGGGAUUGUCCAAGGUGGCUUCAGUAAUGAGAUAUAUGAUCCGCCUGUGUUAGAGGCAUCUUUCUCCGAUUAUUUCAAGACUGCGAUUUCUUUGGCUUGUCUGGCUUUGAAGAAUCUUCCAACCGUGAUUGCUUCUCUUUUCCCGUACAUCGCUAUUCUCGCUGCAUUUGGUGGGUUUGUCCUCUGGAACAAUGGCGUCGUCCUCGGACAUAAGGAGUUCCAUACAGCGGGUCUGCAUCUGUCGCAGAUGCUCUAUAUCUGGCCCUAUUUCAUGUUCUUUUCAUGGCCCAUCUUAGUGUUUCCAGUCCUCAACUUGGUCUUCCCGAAAUCCGUGAUACCUGCGUUUCUAGACUAUGGAUUUAGCAAAAAGCAACGGGGCCUUCCGAGAGUGUUGACGGCUCUUGCCAUUCUUCCAGCCAUGUUGGCUACUGUCCACUUCAACACCAUCGUCCAUCCCUUCACCCUUGCAGACAACCGGCAUUACAUCUUCUACAUCUUCCGCAUCCUGCGUUCUCACCCAGCCGUCAAGUACGCCGCUGUUCUGGCUUAUUUUGCCUGUGGUUGGGCUGUCAUCUCCGCGUUUGGGUUCUCGACUGCCAAGCAACAACCCCAGUAUGUUCCGGUCUCGAAACCCCAGGAAUCGGCUGCGGCUGCUCCUCAGAAAGGGCAACUCAAAGAGACGGGCAAGAAGCAAAAGCCUGAGCGCAAGUCAAAGGCGAAAAAGCCCAAACAAGCCACGGCCUCACCACCCGCUCCGCAGCAAUUCUCGCCUGAAGUACUUGCACGGAUUCAAGAGCAUCUUGUUCAGCGGCAGAAGGAGCAACACGGGGUGCCACGAGUGUCCUUUGUUCUUGUUUGGAUUGCAGCUACGACACUCUCGCUGGUAACUGCACCGCUUGUCGAGCCACGGUACUUUAUUAUUCCUUGGGUUAUAUGGAGAUUGAAUCUUCCCCCACGACCCACUCCUCUUGCCUACCGUCAACAACGGCCUCGCGAUGAGAAGGAGGCUUUGCAUGCCGAUCUGGCAACCAACCUCUCCCUGUUCAUGGAGACAUAUUGGUUCUUGGCCAUCAAUGCUGCCACAGGGUUCAUUUUCCUGUACAAGGGUUUUGAAUGGCCACAGGAACCGGGAAAAAUCCAGAGGUUCAUGUGGUAA